CACAUUCUGUCUCGCCUGCAUUCAAGAGUGUGUUUGGAUUCUUGAGGUGUUGGUGUUACUACUUCCCAUUUGUUCCGGAAAGAAAAAUUCAAAUUCGCUUCUCGAACCUUGCUUGGUGAAUCUGUACGGUGAUGGUGUGUUGAAGAUCGGACAUUAUCAUCUCCUUCUCCGCUCGCAUCGCCCUCGGUUUCUCAAGAGUAACGAAUCUUAGAUCCCUAUAUUCACGGGAAGCCUCUCCGGUUGAAGUUUUUCUUUGAGUUCCUUCGCCUUAAACCGAAGUGAGAAUGAUGUUUUAAUGUUUAGAUGGUCUGUGUAGGUGAGAAUGAAACGUUCAAGAUCGCAUUUUUCUUUUUAAAAUCUUCUGCAUUUCGAUCUCCGCAUGCAAUGGAUGGUGAUAAUACUAUAGCUGUUUUCAAUGGGAAACUUUCCUCUGGUGAGGAGGGUUCAGUGUCGGAGAAAGUUAAUGGUACAAAGAUGGUAAGACCAGAUCAAAGUUCAGAAGUUGUGGCACAGUUCAGAGAGAGUGUGAAUUUAAACUCAUCUACACGGGAAGCUAGAGAUGAGCCGAUCAUCCAUGAACAAAGCAAUGGGUUAGCCAUAUCUAAGGAUUUGAGGGAGAAAGACCAUGACCAGACAAACCAAGAUAAACCAAAGGGUCAAGGGAAGAGCAAGAGUGAGAAGCCUUCAAGUCCCAAAUUUGUAGUGGCAAGUUUGGUGCAGAAGAACAAAGAUGGGAAACAUUUUGAGGUGGCCUCAACUGUUCAGAAUGGUUCACUUACGACUUCGAAUACGAAGCAGUCUUUUGCCCUUGCAACCAACAGGAGGUCAUUGAAUGAGAGGCAAGUUGCUGAAGGUAAUGCAAGUGUGGAUUCCAGAAAGCUAACAAAAUCACCAUCUGGUCAAAAUUCUGCUGAGACAUCCACGGAAUCUGGAAAAUCUGUCUUGGCAUUCUCUGGUGCAAAUAUCUCCCAUGCUGAAGGCUUGAAGGAGCAAGGAAAACAUCUGAAGCCUCUGAAACAAGGACCACCUAGUAAGGUUGAAGGGAACACAAGUCCUGCUUCUUUAAGCCCCACAGCAGGAGGUCCAAAACCCCGAAUAGUUGGCGCUCUUCCUUCUUACAGCUUUAGUUUUAAAUGUGAAGAACGAGCUGAAAAAAGAAAAGAGUUCUACUCAAAGCUUGAGGAAAAGAUCCAUGCAGAAGAGAUUGAGAGAAACACAUUGCAGGCGAAGUCAAAGGAGGCUCAAGAAGCGGAAAUUAAGAUGCUUAGGAAAAACUUGACCUUUAAAGCUACCCCAAUGCCAAGUUUUUAUCAGGAUCCUGGACCUCCCAAGGUGGACUUGAAAAAGAUACCACCAACAAGAGCUAAAUCUCCCAAGCUUGGCCGUCAUAAGAACUCAUCCACAGCAGAGACUGAAGGAAAUAACAGCCGCAGUUAUCGAUCAGGCCGCCUGAGUCUGGGGGAGAAAGUCUCUCAAAAUGGCCUCAUGAAGGGAUCAUCACCGUCACAAACCAAGAAGCCACUUAGAAAGUCUCUUCCCAAACUGCCUUCUGAAAGUUCCACCUUGGCCAAUGCAACAGAUGAUGCCACAUCUGCUACUGAGCAUGAAGAUCACCAUUUGGAAAAGGAGGCUGAUUCAACAACGGCUGGGCCAAGCCAAGCUGAUUCCGAUACUGAGGGUGGACCUGGGGCGCAAGAGCAUGGAGAGCCCUCAUCAGAGCAGGUUACCACGAGUGAACCCCUUGAGACAGAGCAUUCAACAGAGCAGAAGUGAGACUGAGUAUGUGGGUUGACAGCAGAAGCAUAUAUGUGAGAAAUAAGGAAGGUAUGAAUAAGGCUGGAUGAUUACUAAGGUGUGAAGGACUUUGUAUUAUGGGUUGUAUGAUCUGUCUUGUUCAUAGUCACCAUCGAGAUUGAUUGCUUCUUUGUGUGCUUGCUUUUGUGAUUGCCUGUCUGAGCGAUAUGGACUUGCACCACCAUUGUAUUAUUAUUUGUGGGGUUUUUCCUACGAAGUUCUCAAUUGUAUUUUAAUUUUUGUUUUAUGUCGUU